AUGAGCGAGCCUAUGAGUAGGCUGGUAACCGAGUUUAGCUCGUUGAUCGAUGAAGGCCUGAUUUUGGCGAUCUGUAAUGAGCGGGAUUUGAGCAAACCUGAAGUGUUCCAGGAAGCCAGAGACAUACUUGUUGGACUAUCGGUGGAUGUACCCUUGGAGGAAGCCAGUGGGUUUAACUCGAGCGGACUGGGUGCACAGCAAGAUGUGGACAUUAGUGAUGCGAGUCCUGGCAGGGGUGAUGAGCCGCGAGAUAUUCCCGUUGAGAGUGACCUGAGAAGUAAUGAUGGUCAGACGACUACCACGGAAAGCUCAGUUCCCCAAAGUAUCCUCUCGACGGCCUCAUCCAAGGCGUCCUCUCAUGAUGAGUCCUUUCACCUGGACGAGUUUGACGGUCUAAGUGGUGAUGUGGCAGAAGCACGGCUACAGCAGAUGUUUCCCGAUUUGAAACAUAUCGACAUCACUCUCUCUUUGCGCAAAUUUGACGGCGAUGUUGAUCGAGCAGUGGAAAUAUUGCUUAAUAUUUCACACCUCGAACAGACUGGACAAAGAGCAAUGGGUAUUGAUGGAUUCUUCGUCCACGACGACAUUGUGAAAAGUAGGAAGAGGGCCGGGAAAAAGAAGAAGAAGAAGGCAACAGUGCGUGCAAGUGGUACAUCCACUCCCGUAGCUGCAAAUAGCUCGGAUGGGACCAUGAUUGACGACGACGAAACACAUGGCCGAAAUGUCACAUAUUUAGCGGAGCGACUACCGUUCGGAGAGGCCGAGAUCGAGGAGAUCUACAACCAAAAAGGCAAGUCUAUGGGUGCAUCACUCGUCCAGAUUUUGGACAACUACAUCGCAUUUGAUGUAGAACCAGCGGAAGCGGCUAGGAUUCCUGUCGCAGACGAGCAAGCGAAGAAGUUCCCAUGGGUACCAGCGACAUACAUGGUUCCUGCGUUCGCCUUGAGCCAUACACAGCAAUAUGCACUGGAUCUCGUCCAGAUCUUGGCCGAGUAUUAUGAGAAGCCGGCCUACCUUAGAUAUGACAUCUCGUAUAAUCUUUCUGCCCCGAGACUGGACAUCGACUCUAUCGGGAACAAUCCAAACAAAGCAUGGGCUGCCGUGGCGAACAGCAAGACUCCGGUGUCACCGAACUGGAGCCAGCCGAACAGCCCCAUGACACCGACCACGCUGCGUUCAUCAGACUACGCCGAAAUGCGGAACCACUCUUUCCAAGCAGCUGGGGCAGCCUUCAAGAAGGGUGGUCUCUACAGAUCGGCCGCAGCGGUUCACUCGGAACGAGGCAGAGCGUUCACCCAAGGUCUACACCAGGCGAGGAGCAGCGAAGCCGACUACUACGUUGACCAGCAUAGCACGGCUGACAAGAUCGACCUCCACGGAGUCACCGUAGAAGACGGCUGCCGGAUUGCCCUAGGUCGGGCUUGGGGAUGGUGGGAGUCGUUGGGAGAGGACAAAGCAAGAAAGGCAAAGGACGGUUUCCUCGUGGUCACGGGCCAGGGCAGACACAACGCCGGUGGCGUUUCCCCCCUCCGGACCAACGUGUUUAAGGCGCUCGUUGCGGACGGGUGGAAGGUCACGGUGCUGACGGGGCAGGUUCUCAUCACCGGAAGGAGGUCAUCAUGA